GACGUGACAGCGGUCUUCAAAUACUUGAAAGGCUGUCAUAAAAAGAUGGAGAAAAGUUGUUCUCUCUCUCCACAAAGGGCAGGACAAGAGGCAGUGGGUUCAAAGUACAGCAUAAUAAAUUUAGGUUAAAUCUCAAGAAAAAUUUCCGAACUUUAAGAACAGUAGGACAAUGGAACAGACUGUCUAGGGAGGUUGUGGAAACUCCUUCACUGGAGGUUUUCAAAAGGAGACUGGAUAGGCAUCUGAGUUGAAUGGUUUAGACACAACAAAUCCUGCAUUAAACCUUGCAGUCCCAUCUUACCCUAUGGUUUUAUGAUUCUGUUACAUGAGAAUUAAGGGUCACAUUGAAUCUGUGGGUUAUAAAAGGGGCCAUUGUGAAAUUUGGGAUACUGAAUGGGAUGGAGAUGCUGGAAUUUGGGGUGAAGUGGCUUUUUACUAAUUACAAGAUAUCUGAAUAUGCUGGAAAAUAUGCUGGAAAAAAUAUAUGGAAAAAGUUAUGGCAGAGUCAGGAGUUGAUGAGGUUGAAGCAGGUGGAAGAUGAGAAACGGGCUAAAAUAGUGAAGAGCGAUAGGUUAUCUAUCACAACCAAGGUUAAAUUUGGAAGGGAGAUGUUGAAGGGGACCUGUCUGGACAAACAGGAGUGGAACCCAACGGUGAACAAAAACCAGUUACGAAAUGGUCUGAGACAGAGUGUGAUUCAGUCAGGGAUGUUGGAAGCUGGAGUGGACAGAAUUAUUUCUCAGGUGGUGGAUCCAAAACUAAACCACAUCUUCAGGCCACAAAAGAAAGAGGAAACUGUGCCAGCUCUUCCACCAGAGCCUGAGAAUCAGGAUCCUCCUGUUCCAUCCCAAUAUGCCUCGUAAGUGUGUUCCUGGUACUAAAAACAGCUGCAGUUGCAAAAUACAAGUUUGGUUAGUUUGGGAUUGGAUAGAUAUAAUAAGGGAUAGAAGGCUAGAUUAUGUCAAAAUUAAUAUCUCCUUUGUGGUGCUAUCAGCUGAUGCUGCAACUGAUCUGGAUGUACUGUGUUUAUUAGUGUGAAAGUGGACAAGGUGCUGGAAGUUCUACUUCUAUUUUAUUCCUCUUGUGUUGCCAGUCUUAAGUAAAUUCCUGUGUUAAUUUUUUCAUUAAAAAUCUAAGAUACAAAACAUAAUGGUGAAAACUCUUGUUAUAGGACUACUCAUUACCAGACUCUCCCCCUUCCCUAUAAACAAUAACUUUUGGAUUGGUAGGAGCCCAAUCAAAAGAGAAGGAUUCUCAUAAUUUCAGUGAACUGUCUCAGGCAGUUGAGAGAGAUGUGAUCAAUAGUGUCACCUUCAACACCAGGGCGAAGGAGAAGAAGGCUGUAGUGUGGAUCAGAAAAAAGGAAAAUCAGCGUGAGAAUCAUGAAGUUAGUGUGGCAUGGAAGGCAGGCCGAACCUUUUUGAGGAGGUUCUGUGGAGAAAGGGCAGAUUUCUAGCUGCUGUGAGGAAACUAGAUUGAGAAGAAUUUUUGAGAAAUGCAGUGGUAGUGACAGUCUUGAUGGCAUCAGAAAAGAUGCUAGUGAACAGUGAUAUUGAUUGAUCACUGAUAUGAAGUGAGAGGAAGGGAGGAGUGUAAGACCCAUCCUCCGGCAGCUCCAUACUGCUCACAAUAUAGAGCACACAGCAAACUGCACUUUUUCCCCUCCCUCCCAAUUCCCCCUCUUUGAGAGGGGAGGUUGUCUUUUGGCAUUUACGGAGAAUAACCCUAAUCCCUCUUUUCUUAAUCCCUCCACAGUUUAUUCUCAUUAGUUGGGAAGGAGAGAGGUGGGAAGAGCUCUUGACCUUAGCUGUGUGAGCUCUGUUUCCUCCCUUCAGGGUUGCUUUCUGUCUCCUUGGCCAGCAGCUACUACUCAGUGUUUCCAUCUCCUUCCUUUGCUACUAUUCUCUGAAUCUGUCAGCAAUAGAAGGAAGAUGUAGACAAUGAUCUGUGUGGUGCCAGUUGGCUACGGAGGCAUAAAGUAACCUUGGAGGGCAAGGACAGAACUAAAUCACCACAGAAGCCAAAAACUCCCUCUCCUUUUCACUCUGUCCCAGUCUGAGAAAGGAAACUGAGAAGGGAGGGAUGAAGAAGAACUUGCAGGAAUGAUGAUGAAAAGCUUGUUGCAGGGAAAGUAAGGCAAUUGGGAAAGGAAAAUGAAGGCGGAGGCUAUAAUACAGCACCUAUAAUUUUAGAAUCCCCUCACAUCUGUCAACAAGAAUACUGGGAGAAUCCACCCCCCUUCGAACUCCACAAACUAAAAUUUAGCUCUUGAAACAUAUGACCUGUUCUCUCUGAUGUAUUUUUUAAAACAAUUCUCAAAAAAAUUAUAAUUAAGCAAUGGCUUUGAUGUGUCCCAAUUUUGUCAGGGGGCCAUCUUUCCAUAAUACUUCAGUAAAUUGAAAAUCUACCCCAGAUGGUGAAAAAACUUAUGGAAAAUGUCUGUGUUCCUCAUUUAAUACUAGGGGACAA